AAGAACCCACGCGGGACUCGUGGAGCAUCAUUCACUAAUCGCAGGAGGAAAGUAGCAUAUUGUUGUCUUAAUUUUAGAAACUUCUCCUGCCACGUUGCUGCUAGUUUUCAGAAACGUUUUCCUUCGUUAAGUUAAGUUUUAGGGGAAGUUUAAACACGCGUCAUGGCCUCGACGGUAGACAUGAUAGAGAGCAGGAAGGAAUCCAACGGUGAGGCUCACCUCGACGAGCCCAUGCCCAACGGGCUGGACAUCCCCAAGAGGAGCACCCGGGAGACUUUGUCUCAGCGAGUGCUGAGGAUCGUUAGGGCCAACCUGCUGGUGAUUCUCACCGUGGCCGGGGUUAUCGUUGGUGUUUUUAUUGGACUUGGUGUGCGUAAUGUAACACUAACGAGAACCCAGGUGAUUUACGUCGGUUUCCCAGGUGAGAUUCUCAUCCGGUUGCUGAAGAUGAUCAUCAUUCCUCUGGUGGUCUGCAGUCUGGUGUCCGGAGCGGCCAGCAUCGACCCUAAAGCCCUGGGCAAACUCGGCGGCUUGGCUAUGCUCUUUUUCCUGAUCACCACCUUGAUUGCGUCCUCGAUCGGGGUCGUGAUGGCUUAUAUCAUAUCGCCGGGGUCUGUGUCCGUCUCCAAGCCGGCCUACUUGGAAGAAGAAGUGCCUGCGCAUAAAGAAGUUAUAGACUCCUUCUUAGAUUUGAUAAGAAACAUCUUUCCCUCCAACCUCGUGUCUGCUGCUUUUCAGUCUUAUGCAACCUCCUAUAAGCUGAUAAAAAAGAAUGGCACAGAUGGAAUCACCAAUAUCACGGUGGAGAAGGUGCCUUUUGGAACAGACCAGGAUGGCAUGAAUAUUCUUGGUCUCGUAGUGUUUGCCAUUGUGUUUGGGGUGGCUUUGCGGAAGCUGGGAGAGGAAGGAGAGAUCCUGAUCAAGUUCUUUAACGCCUUCAACGAGGCCACCAUGGUGCUGGUGUCCUGGAUCAUGUGGUAUGCCCCAAUCGGUAUCAUGUUUCUUGUAGCUGGGAAGAUUGUGGAAAUGGAAGAUGUUGGAAGCCUGUUUGCCAGUUUGGGGAAAUAUAUUGCCUGCUGCCUCAUUGGACAUGCCAUCCAUGGAAUACUUGUGUUGCCAGGCAUCUACUUUAUCUUUACAAGGAAGAACCCUUACACCUUCCUCUGGGGGAUAUUCACGGCUCUAGCCACAGCCUUUGGAACAAGCUCCAGCUCUGCCACGCUGCCCCUCAUGAUGAAGUGCGUGGAGGAAAAGAACGGCGUAUCCAAGCAAAUCAGCCGCUUCAUCCUGCCCAUUGGAGCAACGGUCAACAUGGACGGUGCGGCUCUCUUUCAGUGCGUGGCUGCAGUUUUCAUUGCACAGCUGAACAACGUUUCCCUUAACUUCAUCCAAGUCAUUACCAUCCUCGUUACAGCUACAGCAUCCAGCGUUGGAGCAGCAGGAAUUCCUGCAGGUGGUGUUCUGACUUUAGCUAUUAUCCUGGAGGCAAUAGGACUCCCCACCAGCGACAUUUCUCUUAUCCUGGCUGUUGACUGGCUUGUUGAUCGUACCUGCACGGUGCUCAAUGUGGAGGGUGAUGCUUUCGGUGCGGGGAUCUUGCAGUUCUUUGUGGACCGAGAUGCCAAACGAAACGGAGCAGAGCUGAGCGAGGUCCGGCUGGAGGCCGUGCCCGAGAGCUCGCCACUCAUUAGUAAACGAAGCGAUGCUCAGAAAUCAGGGUCUGGUGAAAAAGAGUCAAGUAUGUAAUGCGACUGCCGACGUUUUCAAGAACUCCUGGCUCAGUUAUUUGAUACUUGUGGGG